CUCCUUUUCUCUAACCUCUUUCCCACUCCCACGUGCUUAAAAUCCUCCCUCUUUCUCCCUCGCUUCUCCCCACCGUCCUCCCUCCCUCUUCUACUUUUCCCUCUUUCUCUGCUUCUUCUUCCAUUUCUCCUCCGCCGGAAUCUCUCGCUCUUUCUCUCCUCCUCUCCAUCCGUCGAUUAGUUUCUGUGAUCGUCACAAUGUUCUCUCCUGCAAGACUUUGCUUAAUUUUCUUCAUCGCGAUUCAGAGCUUCUCAGUCUGUUUAAUCGACGCGAUAUUCUCGCCAGUCGGCGGUGAUCAUGGCGGCUCUUCUCUAAUAGGCGCCGGAUGCGGCUUACAAACGGUGCGGAAUUCUAAUUCGCUGAAGAAUCAGAGUGUUGGAACGUUGAUGACUCGAUUGGAAUCUCAGAACUGCGAGGUCUGGACGGAGGCCUGCUCUGAGGCGAUCCUGAGUUUGGCGAAGCGGCCGGAGGUUGUUGAUUGGUUGAAGAAGGUGAGAAGGAUAAUCCACGAGAAUCCGGAGCUUGCGUUCGAAGAAUUCGAAACUAGUCAGUUGGUUCGCGAUGAGUUGGACCGGAUGGAUAUUAGUUAUGAGUAUCCGUUGGCUCAGACUGGCAUUCGUGCUUGGAUCGGGACUGGCGGACCGCCUUUUGUUGCUCUUAGGGCCGAUAUGGAUGCUCUUCCAAUCCAGGAAGCUGUGGAAUGGGAGCAUAAAAGCAGAGUCCCAGGCAAGAUGCAUGCUUGUGGCCAUGAUGCUCACGUUACAAUGCUCCUUGGUGCUGCCAAGAUUUUGAAGGAUCGUGAACAUCUCUUGAAGGGGACGGUGAUUCUGCUGUUUCAGCCGGCUGAGGAGGCUGGCAAUGGCGCAAAGAGAAUGAUCGGAGAUGGGGCUUUAAGAGACGUUCAAGCCAUUUUUGCAGUUCAUGUUUCUCAUGAAUAUCCCACCGCCACUAUUGGGUCUCGACCCGGUCCUCUUCUGGCCGGCUGCGGCUUCUUUAAGGCCGUGAUUACUGGCAAGAUGGGCCGAGCCGGUUCGCCACACCGGUCAGUCGACCCGGUUCUAGCUGCCUCGGCCGCUGUCAUCAGCUUGCAGGGGAUUGUGUCUCGUGAAGCAAAUCCUUUAGACUCGCAGGUUGUGUCAGUGACUUGGUUUAAUGGAGGAAAGGAUCUGGAUAUGAUACCGGACACCGUUGUUAUUGGCGGUACCUUCAGAGCAUACUCCAACUCAAGUUUCUACCAAGUUCUUCAAAGAAUAAAGGAGGUAAUUGUGGAGCAGGCCAGUGUCUACAGAUGCUCGGCAAUGGUGGACUUCUUCGAAAGAGAGUACACCAUAUACCCACCAACUGUAAACGACGAAAAGAUGUAUGAACAUGUGAAGAAAGUGGCGAUUGAUCUGUAUGGUUCACCUAAUUUCAGGGUGGUCCGACCAAUGAUGGGGGCCGAGGAUUUUUCCUUCUACACGCAGUUAGUUCCUGCAGCGUUCUAUUACGUAGGAAUCAGGAACGAGACUUUAGGGUCCAUCCACACAGGUCACUCCCCUUACUUCAUGAUCGAUGAAGACGUCCUACCGAUCGGUGCUGCGACUCAUGCAACCAUCGCCGAGAGGUACCUGUAUGAGCAUGGAGAAUGAGAAGCAACAAGUUUCCGUGUCUCUUAAAAUGCCGUUAUCUCCAGGGAUGUGAUUACCUCCGGCAAGUUUUGGGAGUGUAGUACGUGGGGCCGGUAUGUUUUGAAGGGAAAGCUGCUUGCGCCCCCGUCCUAUUGUAAAGGAUUCCGGACGUUGCAGCUACAGCUACACAAUAUAUUUUUGAAUGAUUUUUUUAACGUAUUUUGUACUGGUGCAUGGUUAUUAUAACACCAUGUAUCCUUUUAACUUAAAUCGAACUUCUCAAAAAGCAACGGUAGUAGUGAUGAAGGAUAGGGUUGAUCCGUGAAUUACUACUAAAGCCUUGUACGAUAA